ACUAAUCAACAACACAGAAAGUAAACCAGAAUUGACUUUAAUCACAUAUCUUCAGAGAUCGAGAGAGAUUGAGGAGAGGGAGAGAUUAUGGCUUCGAAUGUAUUCACACAAUUCAAAUACUCAGACAGCUUAACAGUAGUAGGAAUCUCAAUCUGCACGGCAAUCGUCUGCGAAGCGAUCUCCUGGCUCCUAAUCUACCGCACUAGCUCCUACAAAUCACUCAAAUCCACCAUCGACAAGGCCUCCAAGAAGCUCGAGACUAUGAAGACCGAUCCCACCGCCCCGAAAAUCUCGGCGAAAAAAUCGAAGACCAAGAAGAUCGACCGCGUGGAGACGAGCCUCAAGGAGUCGAGCCGCGACUUGUCGCUCUUCAAGUUCAAGUCGGGCGCCGUGGUGGCGCUCGUGUUGUUCGUGGUAUUUGGGUUCUUGAAUAAUUUGUUUGAGGGCAAGGCGGUUGCGAAAUUGCCGUUUGUGCCGAUCAAAUUGGUGCAGAAGAUGAGCCAUAGAGGGCUGCAAGGGGAGGAUUUCACGGAUUGUUCGAUGGCGUUUUUGUAUUUCUUGUGUUCGAUCAGUAUUCGGACGAAUUUGCAGAAGUUUUUGGGGUUUUCGCCGCCACGUGGGGCUGCUGGCGCUGGAUUGUUUCCAAUGCCGGAUCCCAAGACUAACUGAUGAUGAUGAUGAUGAUGAAAGAACCGAACAUGAAUUCUUAGGAUGAUGGUUACAUUGUUAGGGAUAGUGAUGUCAAGAGAAUAUUAAUGAAGAUGGCUAAUUUGCUGAAGAAUAUUUUGUUGGGGGACUGCAAAGCUUAUGAACUUGCAGUUAAGAUAGCUGUUGUCGGAUAUUUCACAGAGGAAUAGUGAAGGAGUAUCUUCAUGACUAGGGUCAUUUAGAAAAAUGGUGUUCAGGUAUAUCUUUCACAUGCUAGUGAUAUAGAUAAAGAAGUUGAUGUAGACAAAGUAUUUAUUUUUUUACCAUUUACCGGUAUGAGGCUUCAGGAUUGUAACAAAUAUACUUAUGGGAGUUGUUUCUUGUUUCAUA